CCAGAUCCGCUGCCUUACGGCAGCCUGCCGUGCGCUCGUCGAUCUUCAAACCAACGGUGAUCUGCUGUCCUCUCCCUCAGUAGUGUAUGGAGCGGCCCAACAGAGUAAUUCUGGCCCACUUCUUUUCUUCGUUUCUUAUUUCUUUCAUCUAGCAACACAGCGCAACGGAGGGAAAACCGUGGGAGGAAAAAACAGCGGGAAAGGCUGCCUGUUUUGGUGCCAGAUACAGAGAGACAGUGACAAAAGGAACCAACGGACAGGGCAAAAAGCACCAAAUACAGAGAGACAGCGACGAAGGGAACCAACUAACGGACAAGGCAAAAAGUUGAGAAGCAAAGAUGGAGGAAGAUGCGGCCAACGGAUCAAACAUGGAGAAUGUGUUGCCCUGUUUGAUUCCUCGUAUUGGAAUGAAAUUCAGAAAUCCAGAUGAGGGCUGGAGAUUUUGGUUAGCGUAUAGUGGUCAAAAAGGUUUUGAUGUUAGAAAAAGAUACUCAAAUACAAGUAAGAUUGAUGGAAACGUCACGUCAUGUAGAUUUGUUUGUGCUAAUCAAGGUCAUCGAGGGAAAGAUAAAAAGGGGUAUGAAGUAAAGUGUCAUCGAGCUGAAACUAGAACAGAUUGUGAAGUGCGUAUGGGACUUGUAAAAGAUAAAGAGUUUGGUGGAUACAAAGUUUAUGAUUUGAAUUUAGAACACAACCAUAACCUUCACUUGCCAGAAACAUUCCACUUGAUGGUGUCACAAAGGAAAAUUUCAGAUUUGCAAGCUUUUGAAAUUGAAACAGCUGAUGACUCGGGAAUAGGACCAAAAGCAUCACAUGAAUUAGCAUGUCGCCAAGUGGGUGGGCCGCUUAAUUUGAGUUACACCAUUCGUGACCAUAAAAACUAUUUGCGUGGCAAGCGACAACGAGAGAUGGUAUAUGGUCAAGCUGGAAGCAUGCUCAAAUAUUUCCAGGAUAAAAUGGCAGAGAAUCCGGCGUUCCAAUAUGCGACACAAAUGGAUGCUGAAGAGAAGAUUGCAAAUAUAUUUUGGGCUGAUGCUAGAAUGAUUGCCGAUUAUAUACACUUUGGUGACAUUGUUUCGUUUGACACUACUUUUGGGACGAAUAGAGAGAGCCGGCCUUUCGGUGUCUUUGUUGGAUUCAAUCAGUUUAGACAAACUAUAGUUUUUGGUGCUGCUCUAAUGUAUGAUGAAACAUUUGAGUCUUUCAAAUGGCUCUUUGAGACUUUUCUACAAGCACAUAGUGGAAAGCAACCCAAAACAAUCUACACAGACCAAGAUUAUGCAAUGGGAAAGGCGAUUGAGCAAGUGUUUCAAGAGACAUGGCAUGGAUUGUGCAGCUUUCACAUAAUGCAGAAUGCUAUAAAACAUUUGCCUCUUCGUCAAAAGGAAAAAGGCUUAAAUGUUCUUGCUGAUUUUAGUGCAUGCAUGUUUGAGUAUGAGGACAAGGAAAAAUUUGAAAGAGAAUUUGCCAUCUUGAGGACAAAGGUAGAAAAGCAAUCUUGGUUAGAUAGCAUUUACAAGUUAAAAGAAAAAUGGGCUGAAUGUUAUAUGAAACAUGUUUGCACAUUGGGCAUGCGAAGCACGCAAUUAAGUGAGAGCCUAAACAAUGAUUUGAAAAUUCAUUUCAAAUCAGAUUUUGACAUUAUUCGCUUUCUUAAACAUUUUGAAAGGGUGGUGCAAGGAAAAAGAAACAAUGAGCUAAACUCAGAAUUUGAAUCAAGGAAAAAAAUACCAAGGGUCAUAAUAAAGAUACCUAUGUUGUUGCAGGCAAGUAAAUCAUACACACCUAUUGUGUUUGAAGCUUUUCAAGGUCAAUAUGAAAGGUCCAUGACAGCAUGUGCUAAGGUAUUGGAUGGAAACAAUGAAUACCUUGUUGCAACCGGGAGCCUCGGUGAAGAUGUAGUCCUUGACGAGGAGUACAUAGUAAUCGGUAAUCCUUUGGACCAAACAGUAAUAUGUAGUUGCAACUUAUUUAAUAGAAUUGGUAUAAUAUGUGCUCAUGCUUUGAAAGUUCUUGAUUUAAUGAAUAUUAAGUCAUUGCCUACACAAUAUAUAUUGAAACGGUGGACACGACAAGCACGAAGUGGCACUGUACAGGACAAGAAUGGUAGAAUUGUAAUUGAGAAUCCAAAGUUUGAUGCAAUGCGCCGUUACAGAUAUUUUUCUCAAAAACUUCUCAAUUUGGCACAUCGAGCAGCCUACUAUCCAGAGUGCACCUCACUGAUGGACAACACGAUUGAUCUUCUUGGUCAACAGAUUGAAGACAAAAUUAAUAUAUGCAGUGGUCCUUCUAAUGCUGAAAAGAAUGCAACUCAGGUUGAUAUUGUUGUACCAAAUGAUACAUUGAGUAAUGCACAAUUAAAGAAAAAAGAGGUCCGCAUAAGAAGUUCAAAGAGAAAAAAAUUUGGGUGGGAAGGAAAGCACAAGGGGAGGAAAAAAGGGCAAAGCAAAAAUAUAUUGCAUGUACAAGCACCGAAGGUAUAUCAAAAUUCUGAACAAGCACAAGAGGUAAAGGAAACAAGCAAUCCAGCAAGUAUUGACAUUCAGUUCCAUAAAGAAUAUAACACCAUCAAUUCUUUCACUCAACUGUUGACUGGAGCAAGCAGUGAUGAUCUAAAAACUGAAAAUUUCUUUGAGCUGUGAAGCAAGUCAAUGCUAUUUUGUAGUUUAUUGUUGUAUCUUGUUAUUGCUAACUGCAAGGUAGAUGGAGUGUUCAGUGAAAACAAUAUCAAGUGGAUCAAUACUUGUAUUCACUUUCUUUCAUAUCCAGUUUAAACAAU